AUGGCUGGGCCACCUUCAAGUCAGAAGGGGCAUAAUCGCCAACAUCCUCCAAAAUCCACCCCCCUCCCAUCACACGACAUCGACCCGAGAGAAGUAUGCGCCAACUUCAUCCAAGGACGCUGCAAAAAUUGGCCCUGUCCCCGACUCCAUGUUGCUCUCACUCCAGAUAUGCUCAACAUUCUGCGCCAAUCAAAAUCGCAUCCGCGUGUAGACGCAGACGGGUCCACGGUCGCCCGCACCGCUCAGAAUACGGUAUCCCAAGAUCGCGGCCCAUACCCGCCCGAUGACUCCCCCCCCUCCUCUGGGAACGUAAUGCUCGGUUCCAAGCCCUCGAGACAGUCCCUGCGCCCAGGAGACAUAUAUCCUGGGCAAGGGGAUCGUCCCCAACUGGAACAGCGGCGGCAGCCGCAACAACACCAAUUUCAACAGCAGCCGCAACCGCAGCAACCGCCUUUUCAACAGCCGCGGCUUCCACCAAAUAGUCCACCAGGACUUCCAGGCCCCAACUCUCGCAACAUCCAUACCCAACAAGUCAUCAACGAUAAUCUGUGUGUCACGUCCUCGAGACCUCUUUCUCCUAUUCAUCAGGAGAGGAAUGUCCCUGUCAUCAGAUUGCCCCGAGGGAACCCGUCCGCGCCCACUUACGAGUUGAGCCACGAGCGUCCUCCGCUCCAAAAUGUGCAGGUCUAUGGCUAUAGCCAUGCCCAAGCAUACAACGAUGCGUAUCCCAUGCAGGGCAUCCACGACGAACGUAUGCCGCAGGCCGUUUUGCCGCCGAGGUUCCGGAACCUCGCUCCUCGACAUGCGUUCGCGGCGCUUAUUCCUGGUGAACUAGUCCCGGGAACGGUCGUGUCGUACGCGAAGACGGAGGGCGGUUCUGGCCCUCAGAGGAGACAAGGUGGACCUCGGCCACGCGACGCGACGAACUCCGGGGGCGUCGGCUCGAGCGUGCCUACGAAUCUCCCCGCGCCACCUCCGCGUGAGCAGGUGCCUGACCUGUCGUCGGAAGGGUCGUCCGCGAGCGACUCGAGCAUCGCGGAUAUCGAUGUGCCCGCGUCGUUGGCGGCGUCGGACGGCCGCGCCGCUCGGGAGGCUCGGGAGGCUGUGGGCGUCGUGACUAGAGGUGCCGCAAAUCUAGAUUCGGGAGACGCAGAUGUGGCUGAUGGACCCCACCGUGGCCGGUAUGCUAACGCCCCAGAGGUCAUCCCCGAUCACAUCUGCAGGGACUGGUAUUUUAAAAAUAAUUGCACUAGAGGCGUGCGGUGCCGGUGGCGCCACGAGAGGUUCACUUCAGAUAGAGGAGAGCCCUCGGAUGCAUCUCCCCUCCCGUCGAUUGGCGGAGUUCCCGCCCCAUCUGGCAGUUAUCAAAACGCGGGGCCAAGCGUAGUCAGAGUUAACGCCAGCGCAAUGCCUCAUAAUACAAGUAUUGCUCAAGAGCCGUCUGCGGUCGGCUCUUCGUCAUUUGCGAGGCAAGGCGCACCUCAUAGAUCUACCCAUAGACCAUACCAUAGACCACCACCUCCUGACCUGCCGUUCGGUCUUUGCUGGGAAUGGAACCGUACACGCACUUGUAAGGAUGGCCCGCAGUGUCGAUGGGCUCAUCGGUUCCCGAAUGCGGAUGAUGUGCCGGCCGCAAACGAUACGACCCCAACUGUAAGGAAUAAUGUUCCUGCACCUUCUGUAUCACCAAGUCGCAAAGUCUCCCUUCCUGUGCAGCGAUCUGAGGACGCAGCAGCGGUAAAUCGUGGCAAUACAGACCCUAAGGCAUCCACGACUCUUCCCCCAUCGCCCGACGACAAAAACAAGGAUAGAAACGCGCCUCCACCAUCGGAGGAAAUGGUCAUCAAAGUUGCAGAUCCUACACGGGCCACCUUUGGGCCCGGUUUCAAAGUGCUGAAGGUCGUCACCGCGUUGGACUCUCGCUGGAUCGCGAUAGCGAAUAUCCCCACACGCGUGGGGCGGCCCGAUCUCGAGAGACUGCUGAAACCCGUUGGGCAGGUCGCCGAUGUCAAGUUCCGCGAAGAUUCUUCUUCCACAGCGUCCUUUACGAAUGUGAGGGUGCAGCUAUCUACACACGCAGAGGCGACGGCCGCUGUUGAUUCGCUCGACGGCGUUGAGGUCUUCGGUUCCAGGAUUCGCGUGCGCCUCGCGAUCAGCACGAGUCUUCAGAACUCACGCUUACAGGACUGCUAUGUACGCUUUAAUUGGAACGUGCCCUGUCGGACGGGCUUCGCGGGCUACGAUACCGAAAAGGCUGCGCUGGCGGCGAUCAAGAAGGCGGACGGCUCUACGCUUCGCGGGUACUGGGUCACGGCCUCGAUGUACACGGGCCUUCCUUGUGUUGGUCAGUUCAAUGUACGCUUCACAGGUAUGCCACCGAACGCGAAGGAUAAAGACGUUCUGCGAUAUGGCAAGACAUCCGAGUCGGGCAUCAUGUUCUCGCGCCCGAACUAUGACGCCAAAAAUUACGGUAUAGCGGCCGUACAGCGGCUGCUGAAGGAUUUCGGGAGGGUAACGUAUUUCGAGGUCGUUCCUGCGCCGUACAAGGAUGGCGUCGUGCGUGGGUGGGCACAAUUCGACUCGCCCGAUGUCGCCAAAGCGGCGUGCGAGCUUGACGGCUGGAAGCAAGAUGCGUUGGGCGGGGAAAAGUUCCACAUCCAACGCGUCCAGUCUAUCAUUCGUCAUGUGCCGAUCGAGGUCUACCGACUGAUCAAGCGCGAUAUCGACGAGUUGCGAGAUUCGCUGUGGAAGUUCGCUAAGGGGGCGCAGAUCCACCAGCUCGAGAAGACGAGCAAUGCUCCUGGCGACGAUGGGAUCGAGCUCAAGGUCGUCGCCGACGAUCAUAAGAUCAUCGGGCAGAUCAAGGUGAAGCUUGACGAGCUCGUGCUUGGCGAGGUUCUCAAGGAUGACCGCGGUAAAGUGUGGGACGACUGGCUAGGUUCCUUGGCGGGCGUCGCGUUCCUUGACAACGUGCAAUCCAUAUACCCCGGCAUCUUGAUGAAGCUGGACCGAGUCCGCCGGACGCUCAAUCUCGUGGGCAACGAGGGCGAUCGCGGUAUGGCUAGAUAUACCAUUCUGAACAAGCUCAAGUCCUUGGAAGAGAAGAAGAUCCACAUCAUCCCCCUGCAAGGGCGCUUGGUCGGUCUUUUCAUGGACGCGGAUAUCAUCGAGCUCCAGGACAAGCACGGGAAGGACACUGUUUGGUUCUCCCUUGAUAUGCCUUGCAUCCGCGUGCGGGGAGACGACGCGCUCUUCGAGGAGGUGCAGUACGUGGUACGUCGGGCACAGGAUCGUCACCCGCAUGAACGGGACCGCGUGCGGAAUCACUGUCCCGUUUGUUUCGAAGAGGCGACGACGCCCAUCUCAAUGGAGUGUGGGCACACCUGGUGUAAGAGCUGCCUGACGGGCUAUCUCGUGGCGUCCGUAGACAACCGAUCGUUCCCUUUGCGCUGCCUCGGCCAGGACGCGACCUGCACCCAGCUCGUUCCUCUCCGUACCGCGCGCGACGUCCUUCUUCCAAGCCAGUUCGACGCGCUCACUCACGCCGCGUACACCACCUACGUCCAGUCUCGUCCCGACGAGUUCUUUUACUGCCCGACGCCCGACUGCUCCCAGAUCCACCGCCUCGGGCCGAAGAACUCGGUCGUGACCUGCCCCAACUGCGUGUGCCGUAUCUGUCCGCACUGCCACGUCGAGUACCACGAAGGCGCGACGUGCGAGGACCGAGACGAAGGCAUCGACAGGUUGUUCGAGGAAUGGAAGAGCCUGCACGACGUCAAGCGGUGCCCCGGAUGCAAGGCCCUUAUCGAGAAAGCGGACGGCUGCCACCAUAUGACGUGCACCCGCUGCAAAACGCACACCUGUUGGGCAUGUUUGGAGACUUUUCCGUUGGGCGAAGGUAUUUACGACCACAUGCGCCAUGUACACGGCAGCAUCGGGCUGUAG